AUGUCACUGACGCUAUUAUCUGCCGCCGCUACAGAACCGCCGGAAAGCCCGGCGCAGUUACACCUCCUCAUCAUCAGGUGCAAGAUUGAGCGCGUGACUAGGAAGAAAGGAGUGCCUACAUCAAGGCCGAGCGAGAUACCUGGAUACCCAUCUUUUCAACCUUCAUAUACUUGUGCCCUCGCGGGGGAGACCUAUUUGAGGCGUGCGGAGAACUUUGUUAGCUGCUCUAGUUCCAACAGGGUAAUAAUCGUCCGUCUUCUACCUUUACCACUCCGUUACCACCUUUCAAGUACCGUUAUUCCGCCGGUCUCCGAUAACGUGGCCGCUCAUAGUGCCUAUAUCGAGGUAUCCUGGUGCUCCACGACCAGCGAGCAACAACUAUCAAAGCAUCGCCUUAGUGAAGGCCCUUUAACACAAAAGAGGCCUAAUCUUAUAGACUCUAAAUCUAAGGAGAUGUUGAACGACUGCAUGCCAUCACCUCCGCCAACAGGUCAUGCGCGCCCUAACCGAAGCAACAUCUCCGGCAGGCCGUACUUCAUGAAUGGAUCUACGAAAGAACCAGGCGGAAGACAAUUAACGAACUUACUUCCCGUCAAGGCGGGCAGAAAUAUUUGUACUGGGUGCGGUUAA